AUGGACGAAGACAAGACCAUGCAGCGAGAGAGUAAACUAGUCCUAGUGUCCAUGGGCGAGAAGUACCCGGCACCGAGGCCAAGGAAACAGGGAGAAGUCAUGAUGGUAGGAUACCCCGCAGCGAGGGGCGCACUGACGUUGCCUUGA